AUGACUCUUACAUCGCGGUCUUCUUGCCUCUUGCUGCUGGUUUCAGCAUUGGCAUCAUUCGCUUCAGCCUCCCCAGCAGGUCUCAUUUUCCAGGAAUCAAAAUGCUCCGCGGGCACCUCGUCUUGCGGUGCCGGCCUGCCCAGCAACUUCUGCUGCUCCGAAGGAACAUCUUGUAUCCCCUUGGCCGGCAACACAACGGCCAUGUGCUGUCCCACGGGCCAGACGUGCGAAAAGAUUCAGCCCAUCACCUGCGAUGUCAGCCAGCAGGACCCGAGCAAGAACCAGCAGUCUCCGAUCAAGACCAGCGUCUUUGACGUCCCGCUGGGCAAGUGUGGCGCCGAUCUCUGCUGUCCAUUCGGCUACUCGUGUUCCGGAGACGACCUGUGCGUCAAGGAGUCUGACCAGAGCGUGUCUCCGGAGAAGGCGGCAGCCUCGUCAACGACCGCUUCGCCAGCAAGUACCACACCAACAAACUCUGCGCCUGCUUCUACGGAGCCGCCUUCUACAUUCAGCACUUCUCUGGUCGUUGCACCCGUUACCACGACGCCAGUCUCGUCGCCAGCCUCUUCGCCAGCCUCGUCACUAGACUCGUCGCCAGCCUCAUCGCCGACUGAAUCGUCACCGUCGUCGCCGGCCUCGUCUUCAGCUUCGUUGCCAGCGUCGUCUUCAACAUCUUCGCCCACGGCCGAUGCAAGCUCCGCGACGCCGGAUUCGUCGUCCUCGCAUGCUUCCAACCCAAAGACCGUCUCCAUCAUUGGUGGUGUCAUUGGAGGCUGCGCCGUUCUGGUCGUGCUGGGAGCCAUCGCAUUUCUCUUCGUUCGUCGCCGCAACCUCCACAGGAAGGAUGACUACUCCGAGAAGCCAGCGGUGGGAAGGAUCAAGCAUCUCGGCCCGGGCGGCGGUCGCGCCGGCAGCGUCAUUUCCGACCCCAUCCUCCAGCCAAACUCGUACCGCACCGACUUCAUUCGCAAGAGCCCUUCCAUCCGCUCUUCCAUCAGCCAGGGGCCGCCGCAGAUUGCUCUCAACAACAACAACUCGCACCAGCGCUUCUCCAUCCCCAAUCCCUUUGACUCUCCCAGCCCUUCAAACCACUCGAACACGUCGCCGACAAGCUAUCGCGAUUCCGUCACCUCCGAGGACGAGCGGAAUGCCCGCACAGGCGUCGUCGGCUCCGGGUCCCGGUUGCCCCCCAUACGGGCCAUGAAGGCUUCCAGCCGGCGAGUCUAUCCGCAGGACCUUCACAGGGUAUCGAGCGGUGAGAACAUUGACGUGUUUGCCGACCCCUUCACGAUGACCGGUAACUAUGAUCGGCGCGGGACGCACGCCACCACGUUUACGGAUCUCAUGAUUGAGGCUGAUCUCGGCGAUGUGCGGCGCGGGCAGCCGUAUCUCAUGCCUCCCCCGAUGAACCGGAUAUGA